ACAUGAACAUCUUGCACAAUUAGAGAGAGAGAGAGGGAGAGAGAGAGAGAGAGAGUUGUAUUAACGCCACUAACUUAGAACACACAUGUUAAUUAGUCUUGGAUUAAGAUGCAAUACUAUUUGUGUCUUGUGAAUUGAACUCCCACAAACAAGUCACUCAAUCUCUUGGCUUCCAGGAUACCCUAACUUCUUCGUGUAAGUCUCAGAUUCUUCCUUCCCUGUUUUCUUGAUGCCUUUGAGGCCUUGGUUUUCAUAAAGGUAUCAACUUUCUGGCUCUCACUUUGUUCUCUUUUCUGGGGGGUUUCCUUGAAACAUUGUGAAUUCCUCUGUUUGUUGUGGAGAUUUUAAGGAUGGGGGAGCACUUUGUAUUGUUGGUGGAUCGAUUGAUCACUGAAACCACGCUAGAAGCUGCGAUCGAGAGCAGAAACAGAUCGAUGCAAGCCGCAUCCUCAGCGCUCGAAGAUAGGAAAAUCGAUGUCCCUUGUCAGAAAAUCGAUUUUAAAGAUGUCUCUUCCCCUCGUGGGAAGCUAGCAGAAUGCAGGAUAUGCCAGGAUGAAGAUCAGGAUUCAAACAUGGAGACACCGUGCUCUUGUUGUGGCAGCUUAAGGUACGCCCACAGAAGAUGUGUACAGAGGUGGUGUAAUGAAAAAGGUGACACAGUUUGUGAGAUAUGCCAUCAGCAAUUCAAGCCUGGUUACACAGCUCCUCCUCCGCUGUUUCAAUUGGGGCGUAUACCUAUGAACUUCAGGGGAAACUGGGAGAUUUCGAGAAGGGACAGUCCGCGAAUCAUAGCAAUGGUUGCAACUGAUCGUGAUUAUCUUAACCCUGGCUAUGAUGAUUACUCAGCUUCUACUGCAAGAAAUGUGUGCUGCUGUCGUUGGCUCGCUUUCAUUUUCAUGGUUCUGCUUAUUCUCCGGCAUACGCUUCCUCUCAUCAUCAGCGGAAACAAAGAGUACUCUCUCCCACUUGUUAUGUUGUUACUAUUACGAACUGUUGGGAUUGUCUUGCCAAUCUAUGCAACGUUGAUGGCAGUAACUGCUCUUCAGCGUCGGCGAAGCCACCAAGAUCUUUCGAGUUCAUCAGCAACCUCCUCAGAUGAAGAAACAGAGCCAACUAUCCUGCAGCUUGAGCCGGAGCCCCAGCCCCAUUUCAUUCGUGUUCGCUAAAUUCAGUCCAACACCAGCAAAUCGAAGUGAUAAAUUCGAAAAUAAGAAUCUGGUAUUGGCUUUGUGAUCAUAAGGAGAAAGAAAGUUUCAGCAAGAGGCAUCAAUCAAGGCCGAAAAAGAAUGGAUCGAAAUCCGCCUGCAAGGCUGACAAAUCAAUACUACUGUAUAUAAACAGAAAUUAUACUGAGAAAAUACUAGUCAAGCAACCAAAGCUGACAAAUCAUAUGUAAGUUGGAAUGUAAAUACUACCAACAUUCAAAAGAAACUGAAUAGUAUAUCAUCUUUUUACAUUCAA